UUUCCAAUAAAAUUAAUGAAAAUAGAGAAUUUUGAAUUAAAAAUAGAAAAACCUCAAAAUUUGGAUGAUGAAAAUUAUGUCUAUUUGGCAGGAGAGGAAAUAAAGGGCAAAAUAAAUAUAUACAAUAGAGAAAAGACGAGAAUUGUUCGUCUCUCCCUUAGAACUGUCGGUUCAAUUUAUACCGGUUGGCAAUAUGCUAAUGCUGAAUAUGAAAGUAAAGAAAAUAUUUUAGAUAUGAAUUUGUCAAAUUAUUGUGAUGAAACAAUGGAAUUAAAUUGUGGAGAAUUUAAUUUGGAAUUUUCAGUCAAAAUUCCAAAGAAUGCAAUCUCAAGUUAUUAUGAAGAGAGUUAUGGAAAUGUAAAAUAUUCAAUCGUGGCAACAUUAGAUAUUGUUGAGGAUUGUGGGGAAAGUGAAAUUGUAUCAGGAGAGACCAGUAAUUUAACCUUAAUUGUGGAACAAACAGCAAGGAAAUCAAACAAAAAUAGCCAAAUAAAAUGGGUUAAACUGUCCAUUUGUCAACAGAAUAAUUCAAAUAUAAAUUGUCAAAUAUUGUCAGAAUCAGAACAACAAAUACAAUUUCAAAUUCCAAAAAAUUUACCACCAACCUCGGCAAAAGAAAACGAUUUAAUAAAUUUUAGUUACUUUUUCAGAAUUGAAAUAGAACAAAAUCUUGAUAUUAUUUUACCUAUUGUUAUUGGCUCAUUUAGAACAAUUCUGUAA